AUGGUAAGACUCACUGACGAUUCCGACUAUGAUGCCGGCGAAAUGUCUGGCAAUGUACCAAAUCCACGGCCCGAUUCUAGAAAUUAUCAUGCAUACUAUGGACACCGGACAAGGUGUGUUCCUCUAUGUACAUGA